AUGGCGUCGACUGCAGACAUGCGGCCGCUGGUGCUGUCCUCUACACCUCGAAAGGUAGGAGACAACGACCUCGAGUCCAGCAGUGACGACCCAGCAAUGGUGGAGCUGGAAGAGACAAAUGCUCGGGUCCGACUGCUACAAAGCGCUUAUGAUGCUGGGCUCUUGGCCAUGGCUCAAUCCAGUGACGAUGACUAUGUCGCCACGUUCGGAUCGAACCAAGCCUGUGGCCGACUCAUGAACGGAUUGGGCCUCUUCCUCAUUGCAGCAUUCUUGCAGGGGGUACUGGUUGCAUUGAUUAUCUUGUUCUCCAACGAGCGCAUGCAGGAUCCUUAUGAGCAUUAUCGGUCUGCCUCCAUGGCACAGCUUCUUCGGCAGGCCAUGGCCACCAACUCGAGUCUCCCGGACUCAGAUCCAGUCUCCAAGCUCUGCUUAAGCGACCACAGUGUUCCGUGGUCUCAGUCUAUGCUGGUUUUCCUGUGGCUCUGUCGGAGUAGCCCGCCGAUCUUCACAAGCCUGUGGAGUCUGUACUUGAUUGCAUACAUGCCGAGACCAAAGGGCCAGUGCAUUGUUUCCGGCGCAUCCAGUGCCGAGAUCGUCGCACUGCCUUUGAAGACGAAACUGUGGAUGGUUUUUGCGAUCAAGAUCCCAACCAUUAUCAUUGAGACUGCCCUCCUUAUUGCUGGAAUGAAGUUCCUCAUGUACUGCAAUGCUUUGGGUCCGCUGAUCAUGAAAGCAUUGGGCAUGGCGUACAUCAAGACAAUCCCCGACAUUGUCUUUGGCGGGCUUUCCUCAAAGCCCUUCCAGGCCGAAGUGGACAAAACUUCUUUGGUGGCUCGAGUACCUUUUCUGCCGGCCUGGGACACUUGGGUUUCUGGCGCCGCGAAAAUUGUGUUGCAUGUGAGUCUUGCCCUUUGGUACUGCCGCGUGUACCAUGGCGCACUGCAAGACUUUCGGAUGGCUUGCUUUCAGUACAAGUAUCAGUUUGUGUUUCCUACUUGCCACUGCGGCCUAUCAUUCUUUGGCAUGAGGGGAUGGGGUGAGACGGUGGGACUCCUAGCUGAACAGCCAGAAUUGGGAGUACGCUCGCGCAAUGGUGCCCUCAACUCCUUGGUGAAGCAGCCGAUGCUGCGCGACGUCCUGAGCCUGGUGCUGCUCGGCCGGACCCCACCAGAUCUCGUGGAGAUUGCUGCGCUGGAAAACAUUGCGCAGCCUUGGGAGCUAUGCAUGGUCCUACUUGCACAAAAUCCCUAG